AUUUUUCUUUUCUUAAUCUUCGUGAUAAAAACAAAAAAAAAAAAACAGUAUACAUUCUCAAUCUUUAGCAUUUGAUUUCAGUAAUUAAACGCAUCUUUUAAAUUACUACACACUACACAUACUUAUUUCUCGAGUCGUUAGUAUCAAGUAACAGUUCUACAAAAAAGAUCCUACAAUAUGGAUAACGAUUCACUGGUCGCACAAAUGGAGGACUUUGAGAUAGGUAAUUCCGCCAUGUUCGCUCAGCCAAAGCUGUUAUUCACACGACCUAAAGUGUUUGUCAAGACAACUGCAAAAGACGACUUGCCAGGUUUUCUUACUAUAAUUGAAACGGCCAACCACGACCAUAUCAUGUCGUGGACUCCUGAAGCGUCCAUUCCGGGCCUUGACGAUGACUCGUAUGUGGAUAUUUCCAGUCAGGGCGACCAUGAAGAGAUGACUUUCGUAGCUCCACCACGGUCUCCCAACCCCAAUCGUCGGUCAUUUCAUCCGUCAGAUUACGCUGUUUCCAUUCCAUUACAAACCAUCUAUUCGCUGAUCGUAUAUCCACCUCGUGUUAAAGAUCGCCAUGGGUCAGUAAUUGUGAAUUUGAUCGGAGGCGAGUCUUUACCAGCUUUCUAUUUUCACGAAGAUGGAGCAGGCAAGGCAUCUACAGCAGGACCAUCCCUCUGGGAUGGGCAGGAGCUUUUGGAUCGUAUGGGGGAAGUAGUCGAUAUUGUCGGAAGCGCCAUUGAGCCAGGAGUGUAUUUAGUAAAUGCUUCACAGGCUGAUAAGAUCAACCACGGAGCAGCUUCUCCUCCACAUCCCCUCUCACCUAAAAUUCAAGAUCGUCCCUUGGAAGAUACCCAUCAUCAACCAAAAGUAGACGAAAAAUCGGACAAAACGAAUCCUGCACAUCCGACCGAGCAGGAGACCACUACACAGGACUCAGCUACUUUGCGUCCAGAAGGCACAUCAAUAACUAGCCCAAUUACGGUAGAGGGAAUGCGAAGACGAAGAUCAUUUUCAGGACAUCAUAGAGACAAAUCUGUCGGAGAUGUCCAUCAACAGUUGGUCUCCGCCAAUGGAUCACUUGCGAACGGAUCCUCUAGUGGAUCUUCAGGACCCACUUCUGGUCGGUCAAGGACACCAUUGCCCUUCGAAGGACACAUUGAUCCCCUUGUCAAUUCUGUUAAAGAGCUGCGCUGGAACAUCUUGGAGCGUUUCUCGCAGGUAGCCAGAUUUUCACGAGAUACUGCCACCAAUAUUUUGGAUCACCCUAUUACCAAACAAAUCCUGCCUCCCCAUGUACAGCAAAAGCUUCAGGAUUCAGAAGCAGCUAAAAGAAUGAUGGAUGAAUAUGACUCUGCUCGCGUGUAUCUGGCAAGAUGGGCCGCAGCUGUUGCAGAUCAAGGUGAUCGUGAGCGCCGGGAGAUGCAAGAAAUGGAGCGACUCCAGAAUGGCACAUCCCAUACAGGAAAGCACAGAGCACAUGGCAGAGAGGGACGACGUAUCAAUGAUCAUGAGGACGAGGAGGGACCUUUGGGCACAUUCAAUGUGCUUGACCUGGAGACAGAGUGUUCCUUGAUUCAUCACACUAGAACCGAGCCGCUCUCGCCCAUGGACUGGUUUGCUUUCUUUGAUGAUGUAGGCCGGUUGACAGUUUCAGAAGAGCAUGUACGAGAAGCUGUCUUCCGUGGUGGUAUCGAUCACGAUAUCAGGAUCGAAGUCUGGAAGUUUUUCCUGGGCAUCUAUCCAUGGGAGUCGACCGAAGCCGAGCGUGUAGCCAUUCGAUCAAUCAAAGCUGAAGAGUACUACGCUCUUAAGCGAGAGUGGUUUGAUGACGCAACUGUUCAGGAUACAGAAGCCUUUCAGGAGCAAAAGCUUCGGAUUGAAAAAGAUGUGCAUCGAACUGACCGAACCAUCUCUUUUUUUGCAUCAGAGACGCUACCUAACCCAGCAGGUGACUUUACUGGUGUCGGUUCAAAUGAAAAUCUGGAGUUACUGAAGGAUAUCCUUUUAACGUACAAUAUCUGGGCUGCAAAGGACCCAUCAGUACGUCCACCACCAUUGUCUACAGACAAGCCAUCUUUGAGUACAUCUUCGUCCACUUCGACAGAACCUAACCUCUUGGAGGGUUAUGUCCAGGGGAUGUCGGACCUUUUGGCACCUGUCUUUGCUGUAAUGGGAGAUGAAGUGAUGGGCUUUUGGGCCUUUGUCGGGUUGAUGGAGAAGACGAAAAAGAACUUUUACCGAGAUCAGAUUGGAAUGCAGAGCCAGCUCGAGACGCUUGGGGAGCUUAUUCAAGCUCUAGACCCCAAGCUAUACAAGCAUUUAGAAAAAUGUGAGGCUUUAAAUUUCUUCUUUUGCUUCCGCUGGCUUUUGAUCUGGUUCAAACGCGAGUUUGAGUGGGUUGACAUUAUGAGAUUAUGGGAGGUUCUCUUUUCCGACCACCUUUCGACACAAUUUCAUUUAUUUGUGGCUAUGGCGAUUAUUGACAAACAUCGAGAUGUGAUAAUGGACCACCUGCAAGGCUUUGAUGAGAUCUUGAAGUACAUCAACGAUCUCAGCAUGACGAUAGAUCUUGAAGAGACAUUGCAAAACGCCGAAAUCUUAUACCGGAGAUUGGAACAUUUGAUUGAGACUGUGAAUGCUAAGCGACAAGCGGAGGAGGCUGCUGAGGUGCCGGCCACCACACCCGAAAUCCCUGCCACUCUUCGCAACUUACUGAAAGCUCAUAAAGACCAUUAGUUUACGU